CAUGUCUUGCCUCAGCCCAGGGUGACCGAGGUGUCCCUGUCCUCAAGACCUCCAUGCUACACCAGUGUUGCACUGGGGACAGUCUGGGGACAGACACCACACCUCAUCCCCCGGGUGCCACUGUCCCUGCAGUGCCACCCCCACCCAGCCCUGUCCCUUCUCCCUUCCAGCCCAGACCCUCGGCCUCCCUGGUGAGUCCUUGGGGGAUGCCGUGUCCCUUCCCUGCUCUCCCCAGCCCCGUGGUGGCCCUGGCAGGCUGGUGUCCCCUGUCACCCGCAGGUGCCCAGACCACCCAGCUCCUGGUGCAGCCCCCCUGGACACCAGCAGUGCUGUGGGACCGGGUGACACUGACCUGCCAGGGCUUGGGGACCACCGGUGCCACCACCUGGUACAAGGACGGGCAGCGAUGGGGGCAGAACAGACGAGACCACGUCACUGUCACCGAGAGUGGCACCUACACGUGUGACAGACCUGGCAGUGGACGCAGCCCCCCUAUGAGAGUCUUACAAGAUCUGCUGGUGCUGCAGGUGCCAGCACGGCCACUGCUGGAGGGGGACACGGUGACACUGCGCUGCCGGGGCUUGCGGAGUCUGCCGGUCUCCAAGGUGAAAUUUUUCCGAGAUGAGAAAGAUCCAGGAGGGUCCUUCGAUGGCCCCAAGCUGUCCCUGCCCCCUCUGCAGCUGCACCACAGCGGCCGCUACCACUGCAGGGGCUGGGUGAUCUCCCGGCAGUCACAGUCAGCGCCGGUGGCAGUGACAGUGCACGAGCUCUUCUCGGUGCCGGUGCUGGAGGGUCCCCCUGAAGUCACCGAGGGGUCCCCCCUCAAUCUCAGUUGCCUCAGCACCCCCAGCCCCCUGCGGCCCAGAGCCCCCCCCCUCCUGCACCUCUUCUACCGGGACGGGCAGUUGGUGGGGGGCCCGCAGGGGUCCCCACAGCUCCUGGUGCCCGCCGUGGGGGUCUCCCACUCGGGGAAUUACAGCUGCCAGGUGUGGUCUGAGGAGGGGACCGUGCAGAAGAGCAGCGCCGGGAUCGGCGUCACGGUGCGCAGGGUCCCGCCCUCGGGGGUGUCCCUGUCAGCACAGCCCCCCGGGGGACAGGUGGCACUGGGGGACCACCUGGUGCUGAGCUGCAUGGUGGCCGCAGGGACAGGUCCCCUGUCCUUCACCUGGCACCGGGGGGGCUCGGGGGCACCGCUGGGCACCGGCCCCCGCCUGGAGCUGUGGGACAUUGGGGACAGUGACAGCGGCCACUAUCACUGCCGGGUCAGCGAUGGGGACAGCGUGGCCGAGAGUGUCCCCCUGAAUGUCACCGUCCUGGUGCCCGUGGCCAACGCCACCAUCACCCCCGGUCCCCUGUCACACCAGGUGCACACAGGUGACCCCGUGACCCUGCGCUGCUCGGUGCAGGUGGGCUCAGCCCCUGUCACCUUCACCUGGCUGCACAACGGGCAGGAGGUGGCCCAGGGUCCCAUCCUGGAGCUUGGGAACGUCACUGUGGGACAUUCGGGCACCUACCAGUGCGUGGCCACCAACCAGCUGGGACAGGACGGGCACCGCGUGUUCCGGGCACUCAGCCCCGAGCUGGCCCUGCAGGUGACCCCUGGCUCACCCUGGGUCACAGCAGUGGCUGUGAAUGUGGGCAGGACCCUCCUGUUCCUGGUGCUGCUCGUGGCUGUCAUCGGGGGCUGUCACUGCUGGCACCACUGGGCAGCCAGGAAGCUCCAGGACAGGACCCCCCCGGAGGAGGGGGCGGUGCUGGACCCCCACAUCGUGGGCACUGAGCAGGCAGGGGGGCUCCCACAAGUGUCCCCUGACCCUGCCGCACCUUGGGAUCCUCAAGUGACAAACGUGGAGCUGCCGGGACCCUACAAGGGACAGCGGGACCCCGGCAACAUCUACGAGAACGUGCUGUGACACUGGGGGCACUGGGGGCACUGGGGGCACUGGGGGGCAUCAAUUCCCCUCAGGGGUCCCUUCUUCCUCUUCACAGCACCCCAUGGGGCUCCUCAUUCCCUCACCCAGUGCUGAGCACGCACAGGACCCUUUGCCCUCUGA